UUUGUGAAGUGUAACAAACACAAGUUGGGCGCAGCGCGGCUGCUCUGAGCUUGCCAGCCAGGCAGGCCGCCGGAGCACCAAUCAGCGCGCGCCUGCGCUCUAUAUAUACGGCGGCCGGGCCCGCGCUACUCCAUCGGCGUUUUGCCACUAGUUCCUGAGUUUCGGAUCCUCAUCAUGUCGGAGACUGCUCCUGCCGCCCCCGCCGCCGCUCCCCCUGCGGAGAAGGCUCCGGCGAAGAAGAAGGCUGCCAAGAAGCCGGCCGGGGCUCGCCGUAAGGCGUCCGGCCCCCCGGUGUCCGAGCUCAUCACCAAGGCUGUAGCCGCCUCCAAGGAGCGCAGCGGCGUGUCCCUGGCCGCGCUCAAGAAGGCGCUGGCGGCCGCCGGCUACGACGUGGAGAAGAACAACAGCCGCAUCAAGCUGGGGCUCAAGAGCCUGGUGAGCAAGGGCACCCUGGUGCAGACCAAGGGCACCGGCGCCUCCGGCUCCUUCAAGCUCAACAAGAAGGCGGCUUCCGGCGAGGCCAAGCCCAAAGCCAAGAAGGCAGGCGCGGCCAAGGCCAAGAAGCCCGCGGGCGCGGCCAAGAAGCCCAAGAAGGCGACUGGUGCUGCCACACCCAAGAAAGCCGCCAAGAAGACCCCGAAGAAGGCGAAGAAGCCCGCGGCGGCUGCCGUGACCAAGAAAGUGGCCAAGAGUCCAAAGAAGGCUAAGGUUGCCAAGCCCAAGAAGGUCAAGAGCGCGUCUAAGGCCGUGAAACCGAAGGCUGCCAAGCCCAAGGUUGCUAAGCCCAAGAAGGUUGCGGCCAAGAAGAAGUAGGCUGUCUUCCUCCUUCAACCCAAAAGGCUCUUUUCAGAGCCACCACUCCCACUUGGAAGAGCUGUGACACUGGCUGUAAAAGCUCCCUCCUUCCACCUUGCGUUCUGCAGAAGUGGGAUGCAAUCCCGUCGGCGCUCCGAGGGGUGGGGUUCCCUAGCUCCUCUAGGAAGAUGCCUGUGCGGGCGGCCGAGGAAGGGCUAGGUGCCGGCUGCACCCUCGGCUUCCACGGCUGUCAGCAGCAAGGAGCAGCCCCGGGCGCCAGUCAGUGUUGGGCUGCUAGGUGAUUUGAAAGUUCCGCCCUGCUUGCGGGUUGGCUCGCUCCCGCCCCGGACCUUAGUCCUCGGUUUGAUUGGGCGCCAGGCGGUCUUGCGUUCUCCCGAAGCUUUUUCGCUCCAUGCGUGAGAACCGCAUCCCGCACUCUUUGCUAGGGUGGCUUACGUGCUGAGUCUUCCGGGGGGGUGUUUGUGCCUCCAAGUGUGGAGGAGGUCGGGUCCCGGCGCCGCGGAUCUGACUUCCUUUAAAGACCUUUCAGCGGUAGCUGCGCAAGGGGCCCGCCCGCCCAGUUAUGCCGGACCUGGGACUGGUUUUCUCCUACUUUCGGUUUGUUGGCUACAGCAAGGGAAUGGUGGCUCGAACUGCGUCACAACCUUGGGUCUCAUUUUAGAUUGUCCUCGGAUCCGCAUUGCCUCAGCUUCCCGAAGUGCUUAAGUUAGAGAUGCGUGUCGACUCCAAAGACCGACCUCGCACCCAAACUGAGGCUUCUUGCUAUGCUUUGUGCAGUCCGAGAUAUUUAAGCAAAGAGUAAAUUACUGGCUAUCUGUUGAAGAUGUGUUCUUCUAAUAAAAAGCCUUUAAUUUUCA